ACCCAAGAUUAUUAUUCGAAAGUCUCUUAGACUUUCUUAGACUUAUAAUGAAAGAUGGUAAAAAUGGUAAAGUAAAGUUGGUCCGUAGAAACGUCAUUGUGUGUCCAAGAAAACGAGCUGAUUUUCGGUUACAACUAAAAAUAUAAUAUCGUUUAAGUAUCAGAAAGCGAAGGAUAGUGCAAUCUUCCUACCCCUUUUCGUCCUAUUCCAUACUGCAAAAAUAGAAGAGAGAGAAUCACGUUCGACUAACAACGGUACACACCGCCAGCUGCGGCCACAUGGCAUUCUUUCUGUGAUCUUGCUUUAAGAGCUCGUUAAUACGAUCCUCUCGGAUGUUGCCAACGCACAGUUAAUAUUAGUUUCGAGUAUGUUUUCUUAACGUAUGAGUGUUCUUUCAACUAAGGCAAUGCUUAAAUGUUAAAGGAGAAUCCCUGAACGUUAUGUUCUACCCUUGUUUUCGAUAAAAAUCUAUAUACUCCGCUGGAAGGAUUGGAUUUAGAUUUCAAAGGGGAGAAAACUGAGUUUACCAAAGGGAAUUUUAGUCGUGUUAUUUCAUUUCCCUCCGUCCAUGUGAUUGAUCAAUACAAAAAGAUAUGUCGUAAAUAAUACUUCUCGUUAACAUUUUGAUUUUUAAAUUCGAUCAAGCAACGAUUGAACGAAUUUAGAAAUUAUUUGCUUUAGUUUAUGAUGAUGUUGAUUCAUCUCAUUUAAAUUUUUUUUAUCGAACAAAUAAGUAAAGCGUAUAUAUCUGUUCCUCGCAGGGGAGUCAUGCUCGAUAAAUCUUCGUCCGUUUUGCGUAAAAGCCAUUCCCUGUGCCUACUACUUGCUCACGGUAGAUCCAUAUGAUCCCGUCACGGUGGCCGUAAUCAAAGAAAUUGUACAGAGUUUAACGAAGAUCUUUUCCUUUUUCUCGAGAUGAUACAAGUUGACAGUAAUAAGAAGAAUGAGAUUCAAGUUGAUCUCGAUUGGCUCCUGGUUUACAAAGGUGGCGGAGUUUCUUCGCGUUUCGAACCAAUCCCAACAUGUUCCUUCUCUAAAAAUACAUUUCGAAUUGGUAGGAGGAGAUGUGCAGAGACACCUCCUUCAACCGGGAAAAAAGAUUCCUCUAUGUAUAUAACUCACUCAAACAGUGUACACUGACUGUUUCAUCGGGUUAGAAUCUUACAAGAAGCUGGAAACGAGGGAACAAUUUGACGAUUGUUUCGCGAAGAGAUAUUCGAUAAAUGAGUUCAAUAAGACGCGCCACUUCAAUAAAAUAUAAAUUUUGUCAUUAAUCUCUGUUUAUUUACGUUUUUAAAUCUAUUAACAAUUGUUAAAUUAAAUCGUGUUGAAAAUUUAAUAAUCGAACAAUGUAGUGAUCAUUUAUACAUGAAGAUUUAGAAUAUAAAAAGUAUACACUAAUUCUACAUAUAGUGUAUACUUUGAUGAUAAUUUUUAUAUAAUAAUAAUAUAUUAAAAAAUUAAAAAAUAAGUAAUUUUGAAGGAAUAUCCUUUGAAUAAUUACCUAAGAUGAAGACUGAAAAUAAUAAUUCGACUCAAGUAAAUUCUGGAAUCGAGCAACGUUUAAGAAGUCCAAAGUGUGCCAGGUGCAGGAAUCACGGGGUGAUUUCCGGUUUAAAGGGUCACAAAAAAUCGUGUGCAUGGAAGGAUUGCCGUUGUCCUUGCUGUUUGCUGGUGGUCGAAAGGCAACGAGUGAUGGCCGCCCAAGUUGCGCUCAGAAGACAACAGCAGGCUCAAGGAAAUUUCUUCAGUGAAAAUGUUUCAACAGUCUGUCAUGCGCCGAUUGAUACAGCCGGUUCUUCAUAUUUUAAAACCGAUCAAACACCAAUCUGUCGAAGAGGAAAGAAUAUCCAACGACAUCAAUUGCAUUUUACGCAAACUAGCAUUAGUGUGACUCAAGGAUUUUAUGGAUUGAAGACGAUCCAUGAUUUACCUACAGCAUUCACCGCUGAUGCUCCAUUGUUGAAUGGUAUGUCACAAAAUCAAGAAUAUAAACAAGAAUCUGAAGAUUCGAAAAAAAUACAGUCUUUCCCAAGUAUGUAUUCUACGAUUCCAUGGUUUGAACAAGUCACGGAACCUCGUAAAAUGAAGAAAAGUUUUAAUAACUUCACUUCCGCUGUAAAUGAUCACAACGAUAUUUCUGUGGCUAAGAAUGGAUCUUGCUUAGAAAAGAAAUCAACAAUUUCUUUUAGUGUAGAAUCUAUCAUUGGAACAAAGUGAUAUGUAAUGAAUAUAUUAUUUUAUACGAAAUUGCAUUUCAUCAUUAUAA